GCUGCGGCUGGUGACUGCUGGUUUAUCUUUGUCAAACAAUGUCGUUGUUCCAAGUCGUGCAACUCCACUCCUGUCUGUAACCCCGCAAACCUCGACAACGACUGCCUGUGUUUUGCUUCAGCCCAGUCCUGCCCUUCCGUCGGUUCCUUGUGUCCCACGACCUGCGACCGCAGAGCAAACCUUGUUUGUCAGACGUUGCCCACAGUCCUCCAUGCUACGCCGUUUCCAAUCUCGCCAGCUUACGGCGACAAGGUUACGUUUUCGUGUGAUGAGGGUUACAAGAUGGUCGGCGGUAACGCUGGUCUCAGAGUCUGCAUUGAGGGCGGCGCCUGGUUUGUACAUCUCGUCAAUGGAACGCCUCCGGUCUGUGAGCCGGUGAGCUGUGGAGCAUCACCAGUUUUGCAGAAUUACGUUCCGUCACAGUCUGUGGGUUACUACGGCGACCAAGUCACUUACUCCUGUCCCGACAAGACCGUGCGAAUUGGCGGUGGAGGCUCAAAACAUCUGUGCAACACAUCUGGGCUAUGGGAGGCAGAUACCUUGGACACCUCACCGCUUUGCAAAGAAACAGAAAUGCUUUUUCGAAAUUCUGGGUCAGAAAUGUCGGGUGUUGCUCCACUCAACACAUCCAGCGGCCGAAGCAGCGUGGAUUGUGCGCGGCAAUGCGCACUGAUGGACAGUUGUCAUGGAUACACGUUUACGCGAGAUUCAAUGAUGUGCAGUUUCAACACCGCAGAAGCAAUUCCUGUUACGACGAAAAUGAAAGCAAUUUAAUGAAUUUUGAGCAUAUGAACAUGAUAAAUUUCAUACAAGUUUAUUUUGACACGUAACGUAACAAUAUGCAUUUUUUUGUGAUUUCAGAAAUUAACGAUAUUUAACGGCGAUAGGUGUGUAAGUGGAGUAUACUGGGGAAGACGACCUCACCAUUUAAGAGGAGCUAUCACUCGGCUCUCCUUCACUUCCCUGAGACUAGUUCAAGGAGACAGUUGCGUUGUAAAUAUCCCCCACUCCCAAAUUACGACGGGUGCGCUCAGAUUAACAACUAAUCGGUCGUAGGAAGGAACGACGCACUCAACACAUUUUAUUUACGGUUAGAUGGCGUCGGACCACACAGAUAUUGGGGGAGGA